AUGUCGGCAGAGGCCGGACGCAACCGGCUCGAGUGCCGCACGUGUCCGUACCAGCACCUGAUCGAGGAGAACAUGUACUCGCGGCGGUACUUCAAGCGCAAGGAGCGCGAGGACGUCUUCGGCGGCGCCGGCGCCUGGGAUAACGCCGACAAGACCCCCGUCCAGUGCAACAACUCCUCCUGCAACGGCAAGGAGGCCGCUUUCUACCAGAUCCAGAUCCGCAGCGCCGACGAGCCCAUGACCAGUUUCUUCAAGUGCAUGACGUGCGGCCACCGAUGGAGAGAAAACUAG